AUGACUACCACCCGCAUAGGCAGUAUCUCUAGAGCAUGUUGCUUUUCUGGUGGUGAUAUAAUAUAUCAGAUGAAACCUCUUACUGAGGAUCACUCCGAAAGACUCUUCUAUAAAAGAAUAUUUCCUCAAGGAAGUAAGUGUCCUGCUGAAUUGGAGUCAUUAUCUAAGGCAAUCUUAAAGAAAUGUGGUGGAGUACCACUAGCCAUCAUUACUAUUGCUAGUAUUUUAGCCAGUAAUGGUGAAGAUCAACAGGUGGAGCCAAAGUAUCAGUGGGACAUCAUACUUGGUUCUAUUGGUCGUGGACUUGCAGAAGGUGGUAGUGCAAAGGACAUGCAGAGAAUAUUGUCCUUUAGUUAUUACGAUUUUACCUUCCCAUUUGAAGACUUGUUUAUUAUAUCUCAGUAUAUUUUCAGAGGAUUUUGA